CGCCCACCUCCGCCAGUCUCGCGAGGCUUCGUACUUCCGGGUACGGCUUGUUGCUAAGGGCCGGAGACCUUGUUGCUAAGAAAGGCCUAGCUGGGCCCGAGGCGCCGUCAUGGCCGGUAGUAGGCUGGAGAAGUUGGGGACGGUGUUCACGCGGACAAGGGACCUCGUGCGUUCUGGAGUGAUGCCCGAAUCCAAGAAACCAGUCUGGUAUGAUGUUUAUGCUGCUUUCCCCCCACUGAAGGAACCUGUCUAUCAGGAGCUUCGUCCGCAAUAUGGCAAAGUGAAGGUCACCGUCCCUACCAUUUUUUACAAGGAAGAUGAGAUCCGAGCGAAAUUUUAUGAAGCUUAUGGAAAUGGUCCAAAGGCCUUUCAGCUGUCCAAAUUAAACUUUAAAUCCACCUGUCAAAGGUUUGUUGAGAAAUACACUGAACUGCAGGAGCAGGGAGAGGUGGACGAGGACAGACUGUUUGAAGAAACAGGGAAAGCUCUCAUGGCUGAGGGAAUUCUCUUGCGAAGAAAAGCGACAGGCAGUGCAGCCCAGCAAGUUCCGGAGGAAACCAAGUCCAAGGAUCCUGUGACAACCGCAGUACUCCAGAGUGUGCUGCAGGAGAUGCAGGGUGACACUCAAGCCCAGAGAGCCGAUCCUGCAGAAGUGCAAAAAGAAGACUCUGUACCAUCUUAAGGGUUGCUGCAGUGUGAUUGCAUCACACAUAUGAUGAGCCUUUUGCCCAAGAACUGCUUUUGGUCAAGAGACUCGGGCUUUCUUGGACGAUCCUCUUUUGACGUGUCUUGUCACAUGGGAAAAUACUGCAUGUCAAAAUGGAUCAGCUAAUUAAAAACUUUUGUCGGAACUA